AUGGCCAAUUCAAUAUUAUUUCUAUCUUUCCUAAUUCUUUUAAUAACCUUCUUUCUACCAAGCAUUGGCAAUGGUAAACCAGACGGCUUGACCAUUAAACUCAUUCACAGGGAUUCCCCCGAGUCACCCCUCUACAACCCCAACCUCACAAGAGCACAAAGAAUAGAAAAACUAAUUCUCCAAUUUAGAGCUCGUGUCAAGCACAUACGAAGUAUUGCUCAUGAUUUUCAUGGCAGACCACUCUUCAAGGCUGAUGCUGUGAGUGCAAAAAUUGAUUAUCAGCAAAGCGCUUUAUUCAUGGCUCAAGUAGGCAUAGGCACAUUCACGUCAGGUUCCAAUUCAUCUUUCUCUUACUUUCUACUCAUGGAUACCGGUAGUGCUCUUAUAUGGAUUCAGUGUGAAGGUUGUAAAGAUCCAGGACACCACUCUUUUUAUCAGAAAGAACCAGUCUUUCCUGAUAAACAAUCCACUUCCUACCGAAAACUCCUUUGCAAACGUCACCCUCUAUGCUUUCCUCAAGAAUGCAUUGGGAAUUUCUGCUCCUACCAUCGUGAUUAUGCUGACAAUUCCUCAACCAGAGGCUAUCUAGCAACAAAAACCUUCAGGUUCGAUUCUAAUUCAUCAACACAGAUAAAAGAGGUUGUUCCCAACAUAGUAUUUGGUUGCGGUUUUGAUCAGGCAAUUGAUUAUGGUGAUGAAGGAAACAUUGCAGGGCUUAUGGCUUUGGGUUGGUCACAACGUUCCCUUGUCACACAAUCAGGUUCUAGGUCCAACAACAGGUUCUCGUAUUGCCUGCAAACCAUGAAUAGAAAUCAUAGCCAAAACACAUAUCUUCGGUUUGGUUCAGACAUACCACAAACACCUGGCUUAAAUACCACGGAAUUGAUUCCAAGCGGUGAAAGAUUUGCUUACUACUAUGUGACUUUGCUAGACCUUAAUCACGUUUGA